AGAGUAUCAUACAUUCAAAGGCGGGGCUUCUUUUUAGCCCCACCCAUGAAACACCCACAACCACCUAGUGAACAGAAUAUCAUCGACUUGAAGGCGGAGCUUCUCUUUAGCCCUGCCCAUUAAACGCCCACAACCACCUAUUGAACAGAAUAUCAUCCACUCGAAGGCGGGCUUCUGUUCAGCUCCGCCCAUAACACGCCCACAACCACCUCCUGUUCCCUUUAGCACAGAAACACACUUCAGUUCAAGAGUAAUUUAUUUUUAGCCUGACAGGGUUGUGCCGCACUGGUUUUAACUGGGCUGAACUGGUCUGCUCUCCUGGAAAGUUGUUCAUAUUGUUUUGCUUUUUUUUAUUCCUGAUGAUUUUUUCUGAUUAUGACAUGGACGGGCACAAAAAAGCUGAUUUUAAAGUUGAGAAUAGUGUGUGUGUGUGUGUGUGUUGAGAUGAAUGCAGUGCGUUUGUGCAAUAGCUUACGGAGUUAAGUUCAAACUUAAUUUUGAUGUGAAUCUUUUUAUUUGGGAAUGUAAAGCGGACUGCGAUCUAUUCGUUGACGACUGUAAUUAAUCCCCAAACACAGACUGUCCAGUGAACCGCUCGUGAUGUUUCCACUGAGCUUCAGAAAACCGAAUUAACACUGACACGCAGCGUUUGUUUGUUGACUUUAAUUGAAUGAAAGCUGAUUGAUUAAUGAUGUCAUUAUUUUUCUCUAAGAAACUGAUGCCUUGAGAACCUGAAUAAACAUGACUUUCUUUUCCACAGUUUCGUCUGGCUUUGAUUUUGAAUAAAACAUUAAUCAUAGAAACAAACCUCACAUCACAGACAGCAUAUAUGGCACAUUAUCAGUCAAUGCUCGAGAGGGAUUAUAAGGAAUCGAAAGGUUUGCUUUGCGACGGAAGUUCAAGUGAAUCAAUGAAAAUUAACUUUAUUUAUACUAUGUGUGAAUUGGUGGGAGUUGAGACACAUUUUUCACUAUUACUUUUAUUUUUCUGUCUCCACUGUCAGAUAUUUGUUCUUGUUUACCUUUAGUUAUUUUGCUUGUUCUAAAUGUACCUUUAUUUGAAAUGUUUGGAUGUUUAUGCCGUAACACGAGACAGAAACACUGAUGAGGACGAGUUGGAGAGAAAUAUAUGAUAUAUUAAACAUGAUUCCGGCAGAAAGAGCUGUUUUCCAGUCUCUCUUGUCUGAGAAACAGGAAGAGUCGAGCUCGGGUCUUUAUGCAUGAGCGGAAAAAGAAGAGAGAAAAGGAUGCAGUUGUGAAAUUUCCCUCUUCCUCUUCACUCUUCUGUUCUGUUCUGUUCGGCUCGUCUCUCGGAGGAAGAAGAUGAUGAUUCGGCCGCUGGACUUGUGUCUGAUUCUCCUGCUCAGCGCUGGACGAGUCGCCGCCCAAUCGGGAAAUGGAGGAGACGUGUGUUAUAUUCUGGACGGGAUUCUGAUCGUUUACGGCGUCGUUUUGACAGUGCUUUACUGCAGAUUAAAGAUGAAUUCGUCUCAUAGUUUCUCUGAGAAACAAGAUGGAGACAUUUAUCAGGAUUUGGGCCGUCAUGAUCUGGACACCUACGACACUCUUCAUGGAAUGAAGAAGAAGCCUCUGCCAUGAGAACAUCUGCAUGCUUUCUACAUAAUUGAGCUUUGUUAAUAUCCAGUUCUUCUCUGUUGUAAUUGUUUGAUGUUGUUAGUCUGUACAAUGUGUGUGUAAGGCACUUAAUGCCAAUUAACAUAGUAAAGUUAUAUUUUAUAUUUUUAUGUCCAAUCAUUUUUUUUUGUUAAUGUAUGAGUAAAAAUAUUCUUGUUUCUAAUUUAAAUAAAAUACUUUCGUAUCCUU